AUGUGGCGAUGGUGCCUGCGGACCGUCUCAAACGUGGGCGGAUUCGCCAGAAAUUCUUUACAUCCGCAGUGUUUCAUACCGCCAUCCCGUGUCGUGGCACAUUUUUCGGUGCAAACCACGCCUUCCUUCGCUGAUCGCUUGCGAGAGCUACUCUCCCCAACACCUUCCGAGACGCUUCCCACUGUCAACUGCACCAGUACCCAUGUCCGUGGAUUGUACUACGGCGCCAAAGCCCGUGGCCAGCUAGCGUCCUUUACCUCGGCGCAUUUCAGCGACCUCAUCAGCCUAUUUGGUUCCUUGUCUAUGUCAACUCCUCAGCGUCCCUACCGUUCCUUUUUCAGUAAUCAAAUGAUUGAAUGCAUGUCCCCAGCGUCGUUCCAACCAUUCUGGCCUUUUAUACAACGUUUGGGUAAUGACAAGCGCGCGGUCGGCCUUCAGCUUAAUGAUUCUGACCGAUACUGGUUAAUGCGUGCACAUAUUGCCACAUUAUAUAUUGCGGACUCCAGCCUCUCAGUGUCAGAUCGAAAAAAGCAUAUGCGGCUUGCCAAGCUCAACUAUACUUCGCUCUGUCAUUUAUCUCAUUCUGAGAUCCAUGUCCCAUAUUUGCGGGUAUUACUGUCAUCGGGAGCGACCGCGCAUUUCGGACAAUGUAUCCAGGUACUUUGCCAAUUGUUGCGUACCCAUCCGUAUCCCCAACCGCAUCUACUUCCGCUGCUUUGGAAGGUGGUGUUGCAUUCCACGCUUGAUAUUUCGGCUGCUGAUAAGGAGAAAAUCCUUCUAUCUGUGUCUCGAUGCCUGAGGAGGCAUCGGUCUGUCUUACACCAUCCGGAUUGCUCGGACGACACGUUGAAUCGUGGGUCUCAACAUAAGCGCAGCACAGCUAUACGUACCAACGAUGUGGUCUCUCUUUUUCAAGAUGCAAUCUUCAACUUGCAAAAGCCAUCUCCAUGGCCAUCCUCUGAAUGGGUGCUUUCUAUCGCUCGGGAACUACUGAUGCAUCCAAACAAAAGCGAAGAGCCUCUGGCAGAUAGAUGGAGCCAUCUUGUUAUCCUGGCGAUCGCCAUCAAUUCUCCUCGACGUGCAGCGGGAAAUUUUUCGGCUGCCGUAACCGGUCGGUCAUCUAGCAGUGCGGGUACUCACUGGCAGACAAUCUGCAUUUUGACCUAUCUCGAAAACCGAUUGCUCGUACGACAGGAAACACUACCGAAUGCGGUCGUUCAAAGGACUGGGCGCAUGCUCGAGAUUAUAUGGGCGAACUGGAAUGCGGCUACCGAUGAAGCCGUCCCCAUCCCCAUUGUUCGUGCUGUUUGCACUUCAUUCUUACGACUUGCUGAACACCUUCGAACCCGACGUCUGGGAAAUGCUUGUGACAUGUACUGUUCCUCACGAGGUCUAUGGUCAGUUGUCGAGGGCGAGGACAGAGAUUCCGGCACAUCAAGUGUACUGUCUCUCGGCCAGGCAUACUUGACGUGGUCGUUGUCUUGCGGAACGAACGCUGAAACCGCGCUCGCUCACACAACAAACCGUCUUCAAGUUUCUGCUGGGCUAUCGGAGAUCGUGGGGGAAGUCAUAUCGAAGCUAUCGAGCGCCGAUUCUCAAACGGCGUACGAAUUAUCACUCGUGGCCCGUCGCAUUGAGAUCGACCUUCCUACCACCGUCACUACGACUUUGGCUAUCUCGCUGGCAAACGUUGGUUCCAUACAUCAUGCUCUUGAGCAUCUGCACCGGGGCGGCCUUACGCCAGAACAGCAUCUGGAGAUACUCCGCCAAAUCAUACAUGUGCUCGUGCGCCAGACUCACCGCUUCCGGACUGAAUACUUCACACCGGCGAUUGGCGACGCGCUUUUGCAGCAAUUCUCAUUCCUUCCGCCCCCGGCAACUCUACGUAGUGAUCUCCAAGCGACUUUGUUGCUUAUGCCGCGCUUCCAGCAAUCUGCCACUGCCGUGGCCAUCGUUCAGGCCGUCCGGCAGGCCGACGUGUUAUAUUUCGCGCCGUCUUUUUUGGCUGGCUCCGGAGCUUCACCACGAGCCGACCCUGUCUUCCUUGAAGCUGUCGCUGCGAGGCACGCGGCGGUUGGCAUCCAGAAUGGCUUCACGGAUCAUCAGGCACUCUUUGCAGGACACGCGCGUGCUGGGGUCAGUGCGCGUGUUCCCCAUCCGCCAGUGGCCGAUGUCGCGUCUCCUCGCGCUCAAGCUCCCAGCGUUCCUUAA